GGGAGUCGGUCGGCUGGGUCUCGCGCUCCCCGCGUCCGCGCCGGUCCUGUCCGCCCGCCCGUCGUGUCGGGUCUCAGGUCUCCGGUCCCCUGUCCCCGGUCCCCAGGCUCGUCCUGAUCUGGGUCCCCGGCCCUCGCUACAGCCAUGUCGGAGCGAGCGCCGCCCGGGCGCGAGGAGAUCCUGGAGUGCCAGGUGAUGUGGGAGCCUGACAGCAAGCGCGACACGCAGAUGGACCGCUUCCGCGCGGCCGUGGGCGCCUCCUGCGGCCUGGCGCUGGAGAACUACAACGACCUAUACCACUGGUCAGUGGCGUCCUAUGCAGACUUCUGGGCCGAGUUCUGGAGAUUCAGUGGCCUCGUCUUCUCACGCAUGUAUGAUGAGGUGGUGGACACUUCCAAAGGCAUCGCAGACGUCCCUGAGUGGUUCAAAGGCAGCCGGCUGAACUACGCAGAGAACCUACUGCGGCACAAAGAGAACGACAAGGUGGCCCUGUAUGUCACAAGGGAAGGCAAAGAUGAGAUCGAGAAGGUUACUUUUGGAGAGCUGCGACAGCAGGUGGCUUUGUUCGCCACCGCCAUGCGGAAGAUGGGUGUGCGCAAGGGAGACCGCGUGGUCGGCUACCUGCCCAACAGCGCACACGCGGUGGAGGCCAUGCUGGCCACAGCGAGCAUCGGCGCCAUCUGGAGCUCCACAUCGCCGGACUUCGGCGUGAACGGCGUCCUGGACCGCUUCUCGCAGAUACAGCCGAAGCUCAUCUUCUCUGUGGAGGCCGUCAUCUACAAUGGCAAGGAGCACGGCCACAUGGAGAAGCUGCAGCAGGUGGUGAAAGGGCUCCCGGAUCUGAGGAAGGUGGUGGUAAUCCCGUACAUCACCUCCAAGGACGAGAUAGACCUUGCCACGAUCCCCAACAGUGUGUUGCUGGAUGACUUCCUGGACAGCGGCAGCGGCGAGCAGCCCCCGCAGCUGGAGUUCGAGCAGCUGCCUUUCAGCCACCCGCUCUUCAUCAUGUUCUCCUCGGGCACCACCGGGGCACCCAAGUGCAUGGUGCACUCCGCGGGGGGCACCCUCCUGCAGCACCUGAAGGAGCACAUGCUACACGGGAACAUGACCUGCAGCGACGUCCUGCUGUACUACACCACGGUCGGCUGGAUGAUGUGGAACUGGAUGGUGUCUGCGCUGGCCACCGGCGCAUCCCUGGUCCUGUAUGACGGCUCCCCGCUGGUGCCCACGCCCAACGUGCUGUGGGACCUGGUGGACAGGAUCGGCAUCACAGUGCUGGGAACCGGGGCCAAGUGGCUGUCUGUGCUGGAGGAGAAAGACCUGAAGCCAGCGGAGACCCACAGCCUGCAGACGCUGCACACCAUCCUGUCCACUGGAUCCCCCCUGAAAGCUCAGAGCUAUGAGUACGUGUACAAGUGCGUCAAGAGCAACGUGCUGCUGGGCUCCAUUUCAGGUGUCUGGGCGCACGGUGACUACUGCCGGAUCAACCCCAAGACGGGCGGCAUUGUCAUGCUGGGCCGCAGCGACGGCACGCUCAACCCCAAUGGAGUGCGCUUUGGCAGCUCAGAGAUCUACAACAUCGUGGAGGCCUUUGAGGAGGUGGGCGACAGCCUUUGUGUGCCGCAGUACAACAAGGACGGCGAGGAGCGGGUGGUCCUUUUCCUGAAGAUGGCUUCCGGCCACGUCUUCCGGCCUGACCUGGUCAAACGCAUCUGCAGCGCCAUCCGCCUGGGGCUGUCCGCACGCCACGUGCCCAGCCUCAUCCUGGAGACGCGUGGCAUCCCGUACACGCUCAACGGCAAGAAGGUGGAGGUGGCGGUGAAGGAGAUCCUGGCCGGGAGGGCGGUGGAGCACCGCGGGGCCUUCUCCAACCCUGAGACGCUGGACCUCUACCGGGACGUCCCCGAGCUGCAGGGCUUCUGAGGCCCCGCCGCGUGCGCUGGAGCACACGGCGGCUUCUGUGAGCAAAGACUCCUGGCCCGUGGCUCUGUCAUCUGGGGAGGAGUGCAGCCGCCUGGCCCUCGGCAGGGACGCACCCGAUCCCGGGAGAGCCGAGGUGCACUUGGCUUCUGUGCAGCCCUGCCCGCUGAGUGACGGUCUCACUGCUGGGCAAGGAUGGGGCCUGGCUGCAGCCCUGACUGGCGUCCCUGGGACAGAGCCUCCCGGGAAGCGAGGCGGCCUCCGCUUGGGCUCCGUGUGCUGUCUCCCUCCCUCUGAGAGGACUGUG